AUGAAAAGAAUAGAAGCCUUGGACGAACCCCUUUUGAAUAUUAAAACCCAAAAUCUUAAACAAAGUAAUUUGAGAAAAAGUGAUAAUAACUUUGGUCUUUCCUCUGAGAAUAGAUCUUUGGAAUCUUUGUGUAGCAUAUUUAUCAGAAAACAAUUAUCAAACAAGGGCCUUCAGAAAGGAGCUAUCAAUCUAUACUCUGCAGCUUAUAAUUUAGAAGCAUCAAAAAUGGUUUCUUCAAAUAUCAGAGUGUGGU